GAAAUACUGAGGUGAAACUGCAAAAUGGCAGAUGCUGCUCUCCUUCUUGUCACAAAAAAAAUUGGAAAAGCGGUGGCAGCAGAAACACUGAGUUAUGCUAGACCAUUUCUUGAAAAGAAAUCUAGAUCUAUUAAAGCGCUCCCAGAUAAGAUGAUACUGAUAAAGAAUGAUCUUGAGCUUAUCCGAGCAUAUCUCAAGGAAGUUGACAGGAAAGGUUUCACAGAUCUAGUCACUGAAAUAUGGACAGGGCAAGCCCGAAAAUUGGCGUAUGAUAUGGAAGACAUUGUGGAUCAGUUUACUUAUGUGGUUGGUAAACACCAUCUAGAUGGAGCAUGGUGGAGUUUCUUCACUAAAUCUCAGGACCCGUUUACACUUGAUGAAAUUGCUACUGCAGUUAAGAGAAUAAAUAAGGAACUGAAACGGCUUAAAGAAUGCAGAGACUGGACUCAACCAGUUGGAGGGAGUGAUGUUCCUGCAAAAGAUUAUAACACCCAACAACAAAUGUAUCUUCCUGGACAUGGUUACUCAAUUUCUGAUGAAGAACUUAUAGGGCUGGAUAGAAAUAGAAAAAUCUUGAUGAGGUUAUUGAAUUUGAAUAACUGUUCUCAUCUGCAGAUUAUUGCUGUGUGUGGUAUGGGUGGCAUUGGAAAAAGCACUCUUGUCAACAAUGUGUUCAGAAAGGAAGCAUCCAAAUUUGAAUGCCAUGCGUGGGUUUCAGUCUCUCAGUCAUACAAUAUGUAUGAUAUUUGGAGAAGCAUGCUAAAAGAAAUAUAUUCUAAAGAGAAGAAAGAAUUUGAUGCUGAAAAGAUGACCGGUGCAGAGAUGCAAAUGGAAUUGAAGAAAAUCCUAGAGACAAAGCAAUACUUGAUCGUAUUGGAUGAUGUCUGGACAGCUGAAGUUUUUAGAGAACUCAAAGAGGUUCUUGUUGAUACAGGGAUGGGAAGCAGAGUAGUAAUCACAACAAGAAUUGAGCAAGUAGCUUCAGUUGCUGAUGAUAGCUACAAGAUCAAAGUUGAGCCUCUUGAGGAGGAGGAGGCAUGGUGUUUGUUUCGCCGGAAUGCAUUUCCGAGAACUAAAAAUCACAUCUGCCCAUUAGUGUUACAAGAGUGUGGUAAAUCGAUAGUGGAGAAGUGUGAUGGUUUACCAUUAGCUCUUGUGGCCAUAGGAAGCACAUUGUCUCAUAAAGCGCAAGAUGUUGCAGAGUGGAAGCGAUUUUAUAAUCAGCUUAUCUGGGAGCUACACAACAAUGGCGACCUAAAUCGUGUGGUGAAAAUUCUGAAUCUAAGCUACAAAUACUUGCCAGACCAUCUGAAGAGUUGUUUCAUGUAUUGUGCCAUGUUCCCAGAAGACCACAUGAUCCACAGAAAAAGAUUGAUUAGAAUGUGGGUUGCGGAAGGGUUUAUUGAACAAAGGGGAGCAUGCAGUUUAGAAGAUGUUGCUGAAGGUUACCUGAGAGAGCUCGUUCAACGAGGCAUGCUUCAGGUGGUAAAGAGGAACAGUUUUAACAGGAUCAAGUGUGUUCGAAUGCACGAUCUUGUGCGUGAAUUAGCCCUUUUCCAAUCCAAGAGAGAGAGUUUCGGAACAACUUAUGAUGAUAGUCACGGGGUGAUGCAUUUGGAGUCGGAUUCUCGUCGCAUGUCGGUGCUCCAAUGCAAAAAUGACAUUCAACCAAGCAUAGGUCAAUGCAGGCUUCGUACCUUCAUAGCAUUUAGCACCAGCAAGGCAUCAUCUUCACUGUUUCCGUCAGAAUCUAAGUACCUUGCUGUGUUAGAGCUAUCGGGUUUACCUAUUGAGACUAUUCCAAAUUCAAUUGGGGAGUUAUUCAACCUGAAGUAUUUGGGCCUCAACAAGACCAAUGUGAAGAUACUCCCAAGAUCUACCAUGAAUCUUCACAACUUAGAAACAUUGAGUCUUCAAGAUACAGACUGUGUGCAUCUCCCUCGAGGGUCUGAGAAGCUGAAGAAAUUGCGGCACAUUAUGAUGUAUAAAUUUCUGGAUAAAACACUCACAAGUUUCAAACUUAUUGAACCUAUGGAGCCGUUUGAUGGAUUGUGUAGUUUGAAGGUCUUGCAAACUCUGAGGUCAGUUCGAGCUAGUGAUGUUUUCAUCGCAAAGCUAUCAAAUUUAUGUCAGCUGAGGCUCCUUAGCAUUAAUGGGGUAAGGAGCAUCCACUGUGCACAACUUUGUGACUCUCUGUCAAAGAUGCACCAGCUUUCAACAUUAGAAAUAGUAGCAAGCAAUGAAGAUGAGGUGCUCCAGCUUGAAACUUUGACACUACCAAACCCUCUUCGAAAGCUCAUUUUUGCUGGGCGAUUUUCGGAAGGAACUUUGAAAUCUCCAUUUUUCUCAAACCAUGGAGACGCCCUUCACACGAUAUACCUAUACUGGUCCCAGCUCGUGGAUAACCCACUUCCACGCCUCUCUGAAUUUUUGAGUUUGACCCAAAUAAUGCUUACAAGGGCGUAUACUGGACAAGAGCUAAACUUCCAUCCAGGGUGGUUUCCGAAUGUGAAGAUUAUUUCCUUGAGGGAUUUGCCACACGUCAACAAAAUACACAUACAUGAGGGAACUUUGGUCCUCCUUGAAGAACUUGUGAUUAGAAACCUUGUUGAACUGCAGGACAUCCCUACAGGCGUGGAAUAUCUGAAAUCCCUCAAAGAUGCGUUGUUUCUUGACAUGCAUCCUAAUUUCAAAAGGAAUUUGCCAACGACAAAAUUAAAUCAUGUACAGAGAGCCCUCUACACUAUACGAUCCGAAGUGGCAUGAGCCUUUCUUGGGUGGCUGGGGUUUGCAGUCAUUAUGGUCGGUGAGGGAGGGAGCUGUAUACAUCUCUGUUGUGCAAUGGUGCGUUAUGGGACAAGUGUCAUUCGUCUUGCUAUUAUCAUUUCUUCUUAUUCAAACAAGAACAACUGGUUUGUAAAUUGCAAUAAGGCAUGUGAAUUAUUUCUAUUCUUGCCAUCCAUAUUGAUUUUACAGAUUUAUAUGUAGUGGUGCUAAGCUACUGCUUCGAGAUAAUUACUAUGUAUUUUUACAUAGUGAUUCAUGUAAUAAUGUCAAGCCGGUUGGCUCUAUCUUAUUUAAAUUCGACAGCGCUCCUCUGAGAUUUAGUUUAA